CGGGCGAGCCAGCGCCCCACACCGUCCGUCGUCCCGUCCUCUGUUUUGCCCAGGGCCAACAACGGGUCGAGUGGAACCAACGCCCGCCAUUAGAAGAGAGAAGAGAGAAUAGAGAUAGGUGUGGGGAGGAGGCAGACGAGAGGCGUAGGGAAUUCGGCCGACGGGGGUGUGUGGAGGGAGUGAGUGAGUGCGAGAGGGAGAGGGGCGGGGCUGUGACGAGCGAGCGUGGGCUGCUGGCGAUCGCGGGAGCGAUGACGACGGCGGCCGGCAUGCCGGGGUCGUCGCCGGUGGGCUCGGCGGCGGCCGCGGCUGGCGGUCCCGCGGCGCCCGAGGUGGCGGCAAGGGACGCGGUGAUCGGGUGGUUCCGCGGCGAGUUCGCCGCGGCCAACGCGAUGAUCGACGCGCUGUGCGGCCACCUGGCGCAGAUCGGCGGCGGCGGCGCCGAGUACGACCCCGUCUUCGCCGCGCUCCACCGACGCCGCGCCAACUGGUUCCCCGUCCUCCACAUGCAGAAGUUCUACCCCGUCACCGACGUCACCGCCGAGCUGCGCCGCGUCGCGGACGCCCGCGCCGCCGCCGCAGCCGCCGCCGUCGCGGGGUCCUGCUGCUACUCGGAGGAGGCCACGUCCACGGUGAUCCAGGAGCCCAUGGAAGACCUCCCCGCUGAGGCUGAGGCUGAGGCUGAGCCUGAGCCCGAACUGGAGCCGGAGCACGAGCAGGAUCCUGUACUACAGGAUCCGGCACCGGCGGCCGAGGAGGCUGACGGCACCGUCAUCGACCCCGCCGUGGAGUACCACGAGCAGGACGCGGAGGUGGAUUCCUCCGGGGAUUCGUCGGAGCGGAAGGCCCCCUCCACGGAAGACGACACCGUAGCAGACGGACAUCAUACUGAUCAAGGAUCUCAAGGGGAACACAGCCUACCAGAGAGCUAUCCCAUCUGCUCUGACCACGAGGAGUGCAUUGCCCGUCCUGAGAGGAUCAAGAUCCAGAAAGGUUUCGUGGCCAAGGAAUCCGUGAAGGGGCACAUGGUUAAUGUCGUCAAAGGCUUGAAGAUAUAUGAAGACGUCUUUACAACAUCGGAGAUCGUGAAAGUUGCAGAUUUCAUCAAUGAAAUUCGUCAGGCUGGCAGAAAUGGAGAACUUUCAGGUGAGACUUUCAUAUUCUUCAACAAGCAGAUCAAAGGAAACAAGAGGGAGAUCAUACAGCUCGGUGUCCCGUUAUUUCAACCUACCACAGAGGAAGCUAAUUGUCACACAGAACCAAUCCCCCUUGUCCUGCAGGCUGUCAUUGACCACCUUGUUCUUUGGCGUUUAAUACCAGAAAGCAGGAAGCCAAACAGUGUCAUCAUCAACUUCUUCGAUGAGGAUGAACAUUCGCAGCCCUACUUCAAGCCUCCCCAUCUGGACAACCCCAUUUGCACUCUUCUGCUGUCUGAAACUACGAUGGCAUUUGGCAGGUCACUCGUCACUGACAGCAACGGCAACUACAAGGGACCUCUCACACUCUCACUAAAGCAAGGGUCCCUAUUAGUGAUGCGUGGGAACAGUGCCGACAUGGCGCGCCAUGUGGUGUGUCCGUCGUCCAACCGGCGCGUGAGCAUCACGUUCGCAAGGGUGAGGCCAUCCACGCCGGUGGACCUGAGCCCACUCCCGUCCCCCACCAAGGCUAUGACGCCCUGGCAGCCGCAGCCGGCCACUGGCUCCCAGGUGGCGGCGCCCGCGUGCAUGACGCAGAAGCCCCCGGUCAGCGGUGCCAUCAUCGGUUAUGCCCCGACACCGCAGGCCGUGCUGGCGCCCGCGGCCUGGGGCAUGGCCAUGCGCGCGCCCGUCAUGAUGGUGGCCGCAGCGCCUGCGAGGCCCAUGGUGAUGGCCUCGUCGGGCACCGGCGGCGGCAACAUCAGCAAGCGGAUGGGCCGCAGCGGCACCGGCGUGUUCCUGCCGUGGACGGUCGGGCCGAAGCGGUACAACAAGCACCUUCCGCCGCGCAUCCAGAAGCGCCGGUUCUCGGCGAUGAUGUCGCCCAUCGAGGCGCAGGGCUGAGGACCCGCCCGACGUCACGUCGCCGUCGAACCAAGUAGGACCCGAUGCAAUGAGCCACCGUUUAAUUCGUAGGGUUAUUGGAGUGUUUUUUCUCUCGUCGUCGAGGCAAAAAAAAAAGGAAAAAAAAGAAAAGAAAAGAAGAAGAAGAAGAAGAAGAAGAAGAAGAAGAAGAAGAAGAAGAAGAAGAAGAAAUGGUCAAAACGCGCGGGCAGUUGAGUUUGAACGUCUGUGUAUUUUGGUGACCUGUGUGUGUGUGUUUUUUUUUCUUUUCUCGAGGGCUUUUGGUCCGCCUGUAAUUUAGCCGGGUUUGUGACUUGUGACUUUGUGAGUGAGUAGCGGAGUUCAGAAGCGGUAGAAGAGUAUGGGUCUACUAGGGAUAGGUGAAUUCAGAAUCAGGACAGGGUUUUCCUUUUGUUUUCAUCCUUUCCCCCCUUUUUUUCCGUUCCGGGAAGAACCUGAUGGAUGUUGCCAUGCAUGCAUCUCAUGCUGAGUUUGGAGUCCUAUAUAUAUAUAGGUAAAAGAUGCAUCUUGUGUUGCUCA